CACUGGAUCUCAGCUGGGCACAGCAAGGGAGCCCGCCAAGACUCUCAGUUGGGAGGGAACCUUGGAGCCAGAGCUCUUGAAUGAGAGCUGAAAUGGAGCUCAUCCCCAACCUAUCCACAGAAACCUUGGUGCUGUUGGCUGCCAGCCUGGUGCUUGUCUACAUAUAUGGGACUUAUCCUCAUAGGAUUUUUAAGAAACUCGGAAUUCCUGGACCAAAACCUCUGCCUUUAUUUGGCACCAUUCUUUCCUAUCGUGAAGGUACAUGGAAAUUUGACGAAUAUUGCUAUAAGAAGUAUGGAAAAAUAUGGGGAUUAUAUGACGGCCAACAGCCUGUGCUGGCUAUCACGGAUCCAGAGAUCAUCAAAAUAGUGCUGGUGAAAGAAUGCUACUCCAUCUUCACAAACCAUCGGUCUUUCGGGCCAGUGGGAUUUAUGAAAAAGGCUAUCACUGUAUCUGAGGAUGAAGAAUGGAAGCGACUUCGAACACUGCUGUCUCCAACAUUCACCAGUGGAAAACUCAAGGAGAUGUUUCCCAUAAUUGGAGAGUAUGGAGAUACAUUGGUGAAAAACUUGAGAAGAGAAGAAGAGAAAGGGAAGCAUGUCAACAUGAAAGAUAUCCUUGGAGCUUAUAGCAUGGAUGUGAUCACUGGCACAUCAUUUGGAGUGAACGUUGAUUCCCUCAACAACCCACAAGAUCCCUUUGUGCAGAAAGCCAAGAAGAUUUUAAAGUUUUCAGCUUUUGAUCCAUUUCUUCUUUCUAUAGUUCUGUUUCCAUUUCUUACUCCAAUAUAUGAGUUACUAAGUCUUUCCAUUUUUCCAAGACAAUCAGUGAACUUUUUCAAAAAAUUUGUAACAAGCGUGAAGAAAAAUCGCCUUGAUUCAAACCAGAAGACCCGAGUGGAUUUUCUUCAGCUAAUGAUGAACACUCAGAACUCAGAAGGCAAAGAGUCCCAGAAAGCUCUUUCUGAUCUAGAAAUGGCAGCACAAACUGUUAUUUUCAUUUUUGCUGGCUAUGACGCCACAAGCACGUCCAUUUCCUUCAUUAUGUAUGAGCUGGCCACCCACCCUGAUGUGCAGAAGAAACUUCAGGAUGAGAUUGAUAGAGUUCUGCCUGAUAAGGCACCUGUCACCUAUGAUGCCCUGAUGGACAUGGAAUACCUGGACAUGGUAGUAAAUGAAACUCUCAGAUUGUACCCUAUUGCUAACAGACUAGAGAGGGUCUCAAAGAAGGAUGUGGAAAUCAACGGAAUGUUGAUUCCCAAAGGGACUAUAGUUAUGAUACCAAUCUAUCCUCUUCAUCGGGAUCCUGAGUACUGGCCAGAGCCUGAGGAGUUCCGCCCUGAAAGGUUCAGCAAGAAGAACAAGGGCAGUAUUGAUCCUUAUAUAUACAUGCCGUUUGGGAACGGACCCAGGAACUGCCUUGGCAUGAGGUUUGCUCUCAUCAGCAUGAAACUGGCUGUCAUCAGUGUCCUGCAGAACUUCACCCUUCAUCCUUGUGAAGAAACACAGAUCCCGCCAAAGUUGAGCAGACAACCAAUUCUCCAACCAGAAAAACCCAUCAUCCUGAAGGUUGUGUCAAGAGAUAACCCAAUAACUGGAUCAUGAAUUUCCCUCAGGAACCAUGUUAUGUGCUUCAGGAGGGCUGUACGCAAAACACUAGCAAAUUUAAUACACCAUACAAUGAUUGAGUGUUCAAUAAUUCAUUGAAUAUGCUCAGUGUCUAUACAGAGUAUCAUCUAUUGUGUGAUUCAACAUAAAUAAUUAAGUGAUUGAUAGGUAUGGAGAUUCACUUUCUGAUUUUCUUGGGACCAUCUACACUGAUUACAAUUGAUUCCUUCCAUUCUGAACUCUAAAUGUAAUAACUGUUUCUCUAUAGUUCUAUCAAUAAUUUUUAAUGAAAAUAGGAACUAUCAUAUUGACUGUUAGUAAAAGUAUAUCAAAUUGUUUUUUGGAAAAAUUUUAUGUUAUUGAAAAUAUAAAUAAAAAUCUCUUUCAAAAAUAUAUGAUAUCAUUAUACACAUUAAUGGGAAAACACUUAAUCAACAAAACAAGAUGCUAAUCCUUUCAAUAAACAUGGUCACACAUUGUUUGAGCCAAUUGGGGAUCCACACUUGACUCUCAAGAUUGUUGACACUGUCCCAUUUUGAAAUGGCAUAUUGCUUAAGAAAUUUGUUCAUAGUCCAAUUUUGUAGUCCUUGAAGGAUUUUUAAUUUAACUGAAGUGAAAUGUUAAUAUUAUUUUUUUAGGCUUGAUUUAUUUUAUCAUCUUUAUCUCCUCUUACUUCUCUGAUAGUCUAUGUUUCCUCAGUCUUCUUUGGAUUGCAUGGUUGUUGCUAUUGUCAACUUUAGAGACUCUGGAAUAAUCUGGGAUGGAUAAGGACCUCAAGGCAUGCCUGUGGGUGAUGGGUGUUUGAGUUGGCUAAGGUGUGAAGGCCUACCUGCUGUAGGUGGUGCCAUCUGGUAUCCAGGACCAUAUAAGUAAAGAAAGGGAGCUGAACAGCAGGGACUCAUUACCAUCUGCUUCCUAAUUGUGGAGUCUUCUAGCUCCUGUCCCUGGCUUUCCCUCAAUGACCUACUCUCCACUAGAACUGUAAGCCAGAAUAAACUGCUUUCCCCUUAUCGUGCUUUUCUCAGGGUGCUUAUCAUAAUAACACCAACAUAGAACCAAUCUUGAACUCCUCCCUGUCCUAUAACAAGUAUCAUAAAUAAAAAUUGCUGGCUGAUCAAUGGA